AUGGAACGCGAGAGCGACAUCGACCCAAAUGAUGGCGAACGCGGACCUUUACAUGAGUUCGCCAUGCACCUGGCCCAACAUGUUACCUACCCUCAACUCUGUAAGAUGGAUGUAACAGCAAACGAUUGCUCGGCACUCUGGGAUCGUGUGCCCAAGGAGGGCCGCAGCUACAGUCCGUACAUCACUGAUGAUGCUUUCAGAAAGCUAGAGGAGUAUCACUGUAAUACAGUUGAGGAUCGUUAUGGCUAUAAACCGAAAACGCCUAUGCCUGUAUCUAUGCUCUUGCUACCUUCCCCCAGCAAUGGCUUUUCUCAUGCCUUUUCUCCAGCAAAGUUCAUGGGCUAG